GCCUGUCGUUGGCUGGCGCGCUGAGGCGGCCUGAGGCGAUGGACGACGAUUACUUCGGCAGCGCAGCCGAAUGGGGAGAGGACGCCGACGGCGGCCAGCAAGAUGAUGAUUAUGGAGAGGGAGAAGAUGAUGCAGAGGUUCAGCAAGAAUGUCUGCAUAAAUUUUCCACCCGUGACUACAUAAUGGAGCCUUCUAUAUUUAACACGCUCAAAAGGUACUUUCAGGCAGGCGGCUCUCCAGAGAAUGUGAUCCAGCUCUUAUCAGAGAAUUACACUGCUGUAGCCCAGACAGUGAACCUGUUAGCCGAAUGGCUCAUUCAAACAGGUGUUGAGCCGAUGCAGGUUCAGGAAACUGUGGAAAACCACUUGAAGAGCUUAUUGAUCAAACACUUUGACCCUCGGAAAGCUGAUUCUAUCUUUACUGAAGAAGGAGAGACUCCAGCCUGGCUUGAACAAAUGAUUGCACAUACUACAUGGAGAGAUCUCUUCUAUAAAUUGGCAGAAGCGCAUCCUGAUUGUCUGAUGCUUAAUUUUACUGUCAAGCUUAUCUCUGAUGCUGGAUAUCAAGGAGAAAUAACCAGUGUAUCCACAGCUUGUCAGCAAUUAGAGGUGUUUUCACGAGUGCUCCGAACUUCUUUGGCUACCAUUUUAGAUGGAGGAGAAGAAAACCUUGAAAAAAAUCUCCCUGAGUUUGCUAAAAUGGUGUGCCAUGGAGAACACACAUACCUUUUUGCCCAAUCAAUGAUGUCCAUAUUGGCCCAAGAAGAGCAAGGUGGAUCUGCUGUGCGCCGAAUUGCUCAGGAGGUUCAACGAUUCGCCCAUGAGAAAGGUCAUGAUGCAAGUCAGAUAACUCUAGCAUUGGGAACAGCUGCUUCGUACCCCCGAGCGUGCCAAGCUCUCGGAGCCAUGUUGUCAAAGGGAGCCCUGAAUCCAGCAGACAUCACUGUCCUUUUCAAAAUGUUUACAAGCAUGGACCCUCCUCCCGUGGAACUGAUUCGAGUUCCAGCCUUCUUGGACCUGUUUAUGCAGUCACUCUUUAAACCAGGUGCUAAGAUAAACCAAGACCACAAACAUAAGUAUAUCCACAUACUGGCUUAUGCAGCCAGCGUGGUGGAGACUUGGAAGAAGAACAAGAGAGUGAGCAUUAAUAAAGACGAGUUGAAGUCAACCUCUAAAGCCGUUGAAACUGUUCACAAUCUGUGUUGCAAUGAGAACAAGGGGGCUUCAGAACUGGUGGCAGAAUUAAGCACUCUUUAUCAGUGCAUCAGAUUUCCUGUGGUAGCUAUGGGUGUGCUCAAGUGGGUGGACUGGACUGUAUCAGAACCCCGCUAUUUUCAGCUUCAGACGGACCACACGCCAGUGCAUUUGGCAUUACUAGAUGAGAUUAGCACCUGCCACCAGCUCCUCCAUCCUCAGGUCCUACAGCUCCUAGUUAAACUCUUUGAGACCGAACAUUCCCAGCUGGAUGUAAUGGAACAGCUUGAGCUGAAAAAAACGCUGUUGGACAGGAUGGUUCACCUCCUCAGUCGAGGCUACGUGCUGCCUGUUGUAAGUUAUAUCCGCAAGUGCCUGGAGAAGCUGGAUACUGACAUUUCUCUCAUUAGGUACUUUGUCACUGAGGUGCUGGAUGUGAUCGCUCCUCCCUACACCUCUGACUUUGUGCAGCUUUUCCUUCCAAUCCUGGAAAAUGACAGCAUUGUGGGCACUAUUAAGACUGAAGGUGAACAUGACCCGGUUACAGAGUUUAUAGCUCACUGUAAAUCGAACUUCAUUAUGGUAAAUUAGACCAGAGAAGCUGAUGCUGCAGAAGAAGGUGAAUGUCACAUAAGCCUGAAAACAAACAUCCCAGCUCCUUGAGUGUUCAUUUUCUUCUUGCACCCUAGUCUCACUGCAACCUAACUUCUGGUAGACUGAUUGGAGACUUUCUUGUAUUUCACUUUUUAAUUAAAGACAAAGAGAGUUUUGAAA